GUAAUGUUGAUAUUGUGUGAGUCUAUACUCUAUACAUACAUAUGAAAGCCAUCUAUAGGUUUGAAAGCAAUACAAUUCAAUUCAAAUGACAAAACAUGUCUUAUUUGAUAAACAAUUAGUAUUUUAUGAUUCAAUUGUCAAUUGUAUUGAAUUUGUUGAUCACUUGUUGUCCAUUACAAGACAUACCUCAAGAUAAUUGGUGACAGAAAUGUCAAUAGAGAUCGAGAGCGCGGAUGUGAUCCGAUUGAUGGCUCAAUACCUGAAGGAAAAUAAUUUGAUGAGAACUUUGCAGACAUUACAAGAAGAGACAUCAAUAUCACUGAAUACUGUGGACUCUGUCGAGAGCUUUGUUCACGACAUACAUAGUGGUCAUUGGGAUGUUGUCCUCAAAGUGGUUCAGUCACUCAAAUUGCCCGAUAAGAAGCUAAUGGAUUUGUACGAACAGAUUAUUGUUGAAUUGAUUGAAUUGCGUGAAUUGGGAGCCGCAAGAAGUUUAUUGAGACAAACGGAUCCAAUGAUCAAAUUAAAGGCCGAACAACCUGAACGRUACAUCCAUUUGGAGACAUUACUCGCCCGAAGCUAUUUCGAUACUACUGAAGCCUAUCCCGAGGGGUCAAACAAAGAGAAACGCCGGCAACAGAUCGCUCAGAGUCUUAGCGGUGAAGUGUCUGUUGUUCCGCCUUCUAGAUUGUUGGCACUGUUAGGUCAGGCGCUUAAAUGGCAACAAUAUCAGGGAUUGUUACCCCCGGGAACAUCCAUUGAUCUAUUCCGAGGAAAGGCGUCUAUUAAAGAACAAGAAGACGAAACUUUUCCCAAUUUAUUGUCUAAAACAAUCAAAUUUGGAUCAAAAUCUCACGUAGAAGUGGCACACUUUUCACCCGAUGGCCAGUAUUUGAUUACGGGAUCAGUUGACGGAUUUAUUGAAGUCUGGAAUUUUACGACCGGAAAGAUUCGUAAAGAUUUGAGAUAUCAGGCGACGGAAAACUUUAUGCUUAUGAAUGACGCCGUACUCUGUCUUGCAUUUAGUCGCGACUCAGAAAUGUUGGCCAGCGGUUCACAAGAGGGACAGAUCAAGGUUUGGAAAUUACAGACCGGACAAUGYUUACGGCGAAUAGACAAAGCACACGCAAAGGGCGUGACCUGCGCUCACUUUAGCCGCGAUUCGUCCCAUAUAUUAUCGGCCAGUUUUGACGCCACGAUUAGAAUUCACGGCUUAAAGAGCGGCAAAAUAUUAAAAGAAUUUAGAGGACACACAUCUUUUAUCAACGAAGUGAUCUAUAGUUACGACGGACACCAUAUCAUAAGUGCCAGUUCUGACGGAUCCAUCAAAAUUUGGAGUCUUAAAACCACUGAAUGUUUGCACACAUUUAGGUCGACUGCAAUAGUGGGCACCGGAACUGUUGAUCUGACUGUAAAUUCUGUACAAUUAUUACCAAAAAAUCCGGAAAACUUUAUUGUUUGCAGCCGUAGUAAUAUUUUAAGUAUAAUGAAUAUGUCGGGACAGAUUGUUAAAAGUUAUACAAAUGGCAAACUCGAAAGCGGAGACUUUGUCUGUUGUAAAGUGAGUCCCAGAGGUGACUGGAUUUACGCUGUGGCCGACGAUUUCAAUUUAUAUUGUUUUAAUGCCAACACAACUAAACUCGAAAAAGUGCUUUCGGUUCACGAAAAAGAUGUCAUCGGACUGACACACCAUCCGCACCAAAAUCUUAUCGCCACUUAUAGUGAGGACGGAAUGCUUAAGAUUUGGAAACCAUAACAUAUUUUUAUUUAAAAUUUUGUAUAAUAUAUUCAUUACAUUAAUCAUAUUUUAUUUAUUUUUAAAAAAUCAUUCAAACAAAUAAAAAAAAGACAAAUAA